AUGUGUUGUUGGAUAAGGCGUGAAAUUAAAGACUGUGCUGGCUUUCUCAAUAAGUGUAACGAUGUGAUCUUUCUUGGAAACAAAAUAUGUCCAACUGUAAAUUUGGUUUAUUUCGGUGGAGAUGUACAGGAUUACGAACAAAAUAUGCUCAAAAAUAAUGUCAGUAGUCAAUAUAUUAAAUGGAGCUUGGAAAAUACUGCUCAAAUUUUAUAUGAACGAUUCACUAAUCAAUUUACUUGUAGUAAUCCUCAUAUCUGGAUUAUUCGACCUUCACAUUGGAUAGCUGAUUCAAUAGCAUGUUAUCCUAAUUUUUUACCGUUUACAAAACACGGUAUACCAUUUUUUGAAAGUGAUGAAAUAUACAGAUUUAAAGCAAUAAGACAAUUAAACAGUUUACUAUCAAAUGCUGUUAAACAGUUGUCUGAUGAUGAAUGUUAUGACGGAAAUUGUCAACUGUCUAAUAUUCCAGUACGAUUGAUUGGUUUCAGUAAAGGAUGUUGUGUGCUUACUGAAUUGAUCUAUGAAUUUUCAUUAUUAUGUAGUACUGUCACUACUGUCACUGAGGAAACUGAUGAACUUUGUAAAAGUCUGCAGCAUAUUUAUUGGUUAGAUUCUGGACAUUCAGGCAUACAUCAUCAAUGGCCCGUUUCAAAUGAUUAUCUGUCUUUAUUGAAAUCAUCUACUUGUCCUACAUUACAUAUUCACGCAACUCCUUAUCAGAUACUGAACCGUUCCAGGCCUCAGAAAUCGGUUGAUUUUCAAAGAUUUGUAAAUAUUUUGUCUGAGUGUAAUUUACCUUUCACAAAGAAACUACAUUUUAUGCCUGACACUUCCACCAAAAAUGGUGGAUCAUUAGUUGAAGAUUCCGAAAAGUAUGAGGAGGAUUGUUCAUUACAGAGGCAUUUUGAAAUUUUAAACCAUUUCGAUUUUUAA